AUGUCACAGAGGCCCUCUUUGAUCCACGUUUUGUGUAUUCCCCAAGCAAAAUAUCAUGAGUACGACAAUUUCUAAGAAACGGAAGUUCGUCUCUGACGGAGUCUUCAAGGCCGAAUUGAAUGAGUUCCUGACUCGUGAAUUGGCCGAGGAUGGCUAUUCCGGCGUUGAGGUACGAGUAACCCCAAUCCGGACAGAAAUCAUCAUCAUGGCCACCAGAACCCAAAAUGUCUUGGGCGAGAAGGGUCGUCGCAUCCGUGAACUCACGGCUGUUGUCCAGAAGAGGUUCAACUUUUCUCCGGGAACAAUUGAGCUGUACGCUGAAAAGGUUGCUACGCGUGGUCUGUGUGCCAUUGCCCAAGCUGAAUCCCUCAGGUACAAGCUCAUUGGAGGUCUGGCUGUGCGUCGUGCAUGCUACGGUGUUCUCAGAUUCAUCAUGGAGUCAGGGGCGAAGGGAUGCGAAGUUGUGGUGUCCGGAAAGCUUCGUGGUCAGCGUGCCAAGUCCAUGAAAUUCGUCGAUGGUCUCAUGAUCCAUUCCGGUGAUCCAUGCAAUGACUACGUGGACACUGCUACCCGGCAUGUGUUGCUGAGGCAAGGUGUUUUGGGAAUUAAGGUGAAGAUUAUGUUGCCUUGGGAUGCCAAUGGCAAAAUGGGCCCCAAGAAGCCUCUGCCCGAUAAUGUGUCUGUGGUGGAGCCAAAGGAUGAACCACCAGUUGUCCUGCCCACCUCAAUCCCCGAAUACAAGAAACAAAUUGAAGCCGUCACCACGGAAGUGGAGGGACUCGCCUAAGCCAGACGGUUUUUUCAUUGUAAGAAUAAAUUUCCCCAUGGAAAUAUGAAGACUA